UACAUAGAAGACAUAGUCCUAGAAUUACGCAAAGGGAUAACCUUAACAAUUCUUUUGCCGGUAUUAUGAGCGUUAAAAGUUACGCAAAACUUUUGCUUAUAAGUGCAUCUUUUGCAAUAUUUACGCAUUGGGCGUACGAGGUUUUGACAAGGAAAAAGAAGAAAGACAAACCUAUAGAGGUUCACGAAGUAAUUAUGUUUUCAAGCGACUCCACAGUGCUGAAAAAGAGUAAAUAUUCUCGAUGCGUGAUUACAGAAAGUAUGGAACGACUUUUGUUCCAUUUGAACUCACCGCGGUACUCCUUGGACAUCUGCAUGUAUGUUCUGACUAAUAUGGAUAUGGCGAAUGCUAUCCUGAAAUUAAACUAUAAAGGUGUGAAGGUAAGGAUCAUAAUUGAUGCUGAUAUGGCGUUUUCAGCCGGCUCUAAUGUGAGAAAAUUGGAAAAGCAAGGAAUUCCUGUAAGAUGGAUGAAGAGCACCAAUUUAAUGCACCAUAAGUUCUGUAUACUUGAUGCAUCUGUUGAUGGUGACAAAGUUACUGAAGUGACACCCCUAGUGAUAAUGGGGUCAUUGAACUGGACUAAUCAAGCAUUAAAUGGUAAUUGGGAAGAUGUGACAGUUACCUCCCAAGAGAAGCUGGUAAGACAAUUCAAGGCAGAGUUUGAGCGACUGUGGGUGUUGUUUAGGCCUAUUGUUAACAUGUCUUAAUAUUUACGAUUGUUUAAUAAUUAUAGUAAAUAAAUCUUUAACUGGUCAUAUGUCAUGUAAAGUUGGUUUAAUAUAAACUGG